UUGAUUUUGUAUAUUGUUUCUCAUCAUUACUUUAACCACAAGAGGAGACCCUUGAUAGCCAUCUCUCGUCCUAUGUUUCGAAAUCAAUAUGAUACCGAUGUGACUACUUUUAGUCCCCAAGGAAGAUUACAUCAGAUAGAAUAUGCACAAGAAGCAGUAAAACAGGGAAGUGCGGUGGUAGGAGUUCGAAACAAAAACUAUGCAGUGUUGGCAACACUCAAAAGAACCACUUCUGACUUGGCUUCAACUCAGAAGAAGCUCUUCAAGAUUGACGAUCACGUAGGAAUGGCUAUUGCCGGAUUAACAGCAGACGCUAGAUUAUUAUCCAAAUAUAUGAGGACGGAGUGCCUCAACUAUAAAUACGUAUAUGAGUGUGCUAUGCCUCUUUCCCGUCUAGUUCUUCGUGUAGCUGAUAAACACCAAAUUGCCACACAAAGAGUUUCUAAAAGACCUUUUGGAGUCGGUUUGCUUAUAAUAGGUUAUGACCAACAAGGGCCUCAUUUGUAUGAAACAAGUCCUUCAGGAGAAUAUUGGGAAUAUCAAGCUAUGUCAAUCGGUGCUAGAGCGCAGUCAGCGAGAACUUAUUUGGAAAAGGUUUUUGAAACGUUGAAUAGUUGUUCUUUGGAUCAACUCUGUAGACAUGCGAUAUUAGCACUAAGAGAAACUGUUGCUGCACUAAAGGAUAUCGAUUUGAGUACAAAGAAUUGUGCUUUGGCUAUUGUGGGUGAAGACUUGGAUUUCACAAUAUACGAGGAUGAAGAUGUACUUCCUUAUUUAGAUGUGAUAGAGACUGGGAGUUCACAACCAAUGGAUGGUCAGUCAUCGACUUGACUUUGAAAGUAUUUCACGAAUAAAGUUGCAAAAAUUCACUAUCCAUAUUUUGUAGUACAAUCGUAAUCAUAAUAAGAGAGACAUAUGAAUAUGGAAUAUAGAAAAAGUGAUAUUG